UAUUUGGGUUUCAAAUAAUAUUGGCCCUAACAUAGCUCCAUACAGUCCUGACUGACUGACUACGCUUAAAUGAGUCGGAAGAGGGCAGAGCAGUAGUGGGAGGGCCUUUCUCCCCCCUCCCUCUCCUAUGAACGGGGCCGUCUCACUCCAGCAUUCAUCCCGAUUCCACCAAUAAGCCCAAUGAGUCUAAUGCGCACCGCCCACAGUCGGCGUGCGUAUUUUUUUCUUCUCCUUUCCGUUCCUCUUUUUUUUUUCAACCAGAGCAGAAUGUGUAGAUCGACACGAGUUGUUUCUCUCCCUCUUCAGUCGGGACACCAGCAGACAUGUGUUAUUUAUUGCUGAGCUGAGGGAGAAGACGAGCAGCUCGAAAACACGCGCGGAUUAAAGGAAAGGAAAGCGCAGCAACUACUCCAGGAAAGGAAAGGACGCGUCUGGAUUUGGAAAACAAGACAGGAGAAUGGCGAGUCCGCCUCACGCAGGCGAUCAGUCGAUAUUGAUCAGUAACACGAGCAGCGGCGUCAAGAAAUGCGGAUACCUGAAGAAGCAGAAACACGGACACAAGCGCUUUUUCGUGCUACGGGAGCCGAGCGAGGGCUUCCCCGCGCGCCUGGAGUACUACGAGAGCGAGAAGAAAUGGAGAAACAAAUCGGCGGCGAAGAGAGUCAUCGCUCUGGACUGCUGCCUCAACAUCAGCAAGAGAGCGGACGCCAAAAACAAGCACCUGGUCGCGCUCUACACCAAGGACGAGUACUUCGCGGUGGCGGCGGAGAGCGAGCCGGAGCAGGAGAGCUGGUACCGCGCGCUCGCGGACCUGAUGGCGGAGGGGAAGGCGUGCGACGGCCCCGCGUCUAGCUCCACCUCCUCGCUGGUUGGCUUUGACGAGGCGAGCUACGGGCUGAUCACGCCGGUGGCCGCCGCCUACAAGGAGGUCUGGCAGGUCAACCUGAAGUCCAGAGGCCUGGGGCAGAGCCGGAACCUGACCGGCGUCUACAGGCUCUGCCUCUCCAGCCGGACUAUCAGCUUCGUCAAGCUCAACUCGGAUGUAGCUUCAGUCAAUUUGCAGCUGAUGAACAUCCGGAGGUGCGGCCACUCCGACAGCUUCUUCUUCAUUGAAGUUGGCCGGUCCGCCUCCACCGGGCCGGGGGAGCUGUGGAUGCAGGCGGAUGACUCCGUGGUGGCGCAGAGCAUCCACGAAACCAUCCUGGAAGCCAUGAAAGCCAUGAAGGAGCUGUCGGAGUUCCGCCCUCGCAGCAAGAGCCAAUCAUCCGGGACCAAUCCCAUUUCUGUCCCCACGCGGCGGCACCUCAACAACCUCCCCCCGAGCCAAACCGGGCUUCCCCGCCGGUCGCGCACCGACAGCAUGGCCGCCACCUCUCCGGUCAGCAAGUGCUCCUCCUGUCGGAUACGCACGGCCAGCGAGGGCGAUGGCACCAUGACGCGCCCAGUGUCAGCCACCGGGAGCCCCCUGAGCCCCGGGGUUCACAGGAGCCUCCUAUGCAGAUCCCACACCAUCACUGCCCGGCCCUCUCUGUCCAACCACACCUCCUCCCUGCAGCACAGUAAGUCCAUAUCCAUGCCCCUGUCUCCUUCUCCCCCCGUGGCCACCAAUUGUUCAGGAAACCUCUGUUCAGACAGCAUGGCCCCCCGCCCCUCCAGCUGCAGUGCAUCCUUCUCAGGCUCCCCCAGCGAUGCAGGGUUCAUAUCAUGUGAGGAGUAUGGUUCAAGCCCUGCAGACGCACGAGACCUCAGGUUACCCCUCACCCUCCGCAGCAACACCCCAGAGUCUCUCAAAGCAGACACCCCUCCCUCCAGAGAUGGCAGCGAGCUGGACGGCUACAUGGUGAUGGAGCGACAGAGUCACAGUAACUGCCGGAGGCUAUCGGAGCUGGACAAGGCAUACCGAAAGCGCACAUACUCUCUUACAACUCCCCGUCAGCCGAGGCGGCCCCCACAAGUGUCAUCAGCCUCCCUGGACGAGUACACGCUCAUGAGGGCCACCUACACCAGUGGAAGCCAGUCCUCCCUGAGAUGCCACACGGCCUCUCCUAAGGGAAGCAGACUGGAGGAUUACAGAGACGUUCACAUCAGCUCCAACGGCCUCCACGUUGACAACGGCUACAUGCCCAUGAUGCCAGGCGUCGCCCCUCAAACGCCUGGUUCCCGGGAUGAGCCGUACAUGCCCAUGAGCUCCAUGUGCGUCUCUGCUCCCAAGCAGAUCAUCAACCCUCGCUGCCACUCCUCCACUACAGGGCUGGCCCCACGCACAGACUCUCCCGGGAGCGUUUCUCUGGAGGACAGUGGCUACAUGCCGAUGUGGUGUGGAAACAAAAUGUCACUAGAAAGCAGUGAUGGAAAGCCUAAUCACGGAGAGUACCUGUACAUGUCUCCUGUGGACACGCUGGUGUCUCUGACGCCUCCGGACUACAUUCUCAGUCCCUCAGGAGACCCCAACUUGCAGCACAGACAUCCACUUUCAUACAGCUCUCUACCCAGAACACUGAAAAGCAUGAUGCAGCACAACGGAACCACCGACUCGGACCAGUACGUGCUGAUGAGUUUACAGAGAAAGCGGACUGAAGAGGAGCCCAACUACUGUCCCAUCUCUCCAGGUGAAUGUGUUGCCAGUAGCAUAUCAAGCACCUCAUCCAGUGUUCCAUCUCCUCUCAGACUGGCCCGAACAGAUGGGGGUCUGGUACACCGCGGCAGGGUGUGCCGGCCCACCCGCCUGGCACUGGAGUCCCUCAGAACUUUACCAUGUAUGAGCGAGCACCCCCUUCCCUCAGAGCCACGCAGCCCCGGAGAGUACAUCAACAUAGAUUUUGGUAGCGCUACUCGUAUGUCAAAUGCACACUCAGCAUCCGAGUGUGCUGAAGAGGAUGCUACCCCACUUUCAGACUAUGCCAACGUUGAUGUCAGCUCCCCGGGUCAUCUGACGGCCAUGUCGGAGGCUGCACCUGAUGCUUUGACGUGCUCCAGGCAGGUGAGCAUCCAGGAGGACCCACAAGGAGCGAAAGAGGAGGUGGAAAAGGUAUCGGAAAAAAAUGAGAAAGAAGUGGAGAGUCUCCCUGCUCCUGUCAAAGACGACUAUGCUGAGAUGACCUUUGGUUCUUCUGCCCCUUUACCUGAUGCUGCACCCCUCCCCACAAGCCCCACUGCUUGCGUCAAAAGACUCAGCCUUGAGAGCAGCAUCGUAGACGUGGGACCCUCUGUAACGGUGGACUCUUUUCUCCUUGGGGGUCUUUCGUUAGCCGUCACAAUUGUGGAUCCGGACAAGGGAGCAAAAGUGAUCCGGGCCGACCCGCAGGGGCGUCGGCGCCACAGCUCAGAGACUUUCUCCUCCACCACCACUGUGACGCCCGUGUGUCCUUCAUUCGCCCACGACGCCAAACGGCACAGCUCUGCCUCUGUGGAAAACGUGUCCCGCACGGUUCGCAGUUCUGACGAGCCUGGAGAGGAAAGCGCAAGCCCGAUGUGCAGGGAAACGUCGGCCGGCUAUCAAAACGGACUUAACUACAUUGCCUUAAACUUGAUGGAGGGGAAUAUUGGUGCGUGCAGGUUAGGAGACUGUGAUGAACUCCUAAGGUUCAAGACAUCCUGUUGCUGCAAAGGGAGCCUGAAUGGCUUCAACAGUAGCCCCUAUGCUAGCCUGGGAUUCAAGGAAACUACUGCUGCUGCUGUGAAAGAAUGAAGACUUGACGGGUCUUCCCGCCCCCUCGUCCUCCCCUCUUCGUCCCUCUUGUCCUGUGAAAGUAGGAUUUGGCUGCAGCCAGAUGACGGGGUCGACACGGCGACAGCUGGACUCUGCGUUGCAGUCGAUGUCCCUUGACCUCUCCGCUGCCUCCGGGGGUCAUGGGGACAGCGGUCACCAUGGAAACUCGGACACUUGACCCUUGCCCCAAAUCUUCUCUCCUCUUUCUUGGCACCCAAACACUCAGGUGCCAUUGCUGCUGUAGUACUAGAUUAUAAAGAAAAAAAAACCUUAAAUGGACAACCUUAACACUAAACGGUUGACUAGGUAUUUUGUAGGCCUUGGAAUACUUCUGCAGUAUAUUGUUACCAUUUCAACAGGUUUGUGGCUUCAGCCUGCAGAUGCCAGAUCUCCUCACCUGAAAAACCUGUGAACCAAACCUGGAGAGCAUGCGUGCACACUAAACCCUGUCGAGCAUACUAAUUACAUGUAUUUAUUUAUUUAUCAUGUAUGUAUGCUUUGAAUGAAACGCGUGAGAAUUUGUAUACAGGACUAAGAGUCAGCGUUUAUAAACAUAUUUAAAAUCAAAACUACCAAUUUUGUUUUUUUAAGAGCCCUACCUCAGCAACAAGUCACGCAAGAUAAAUAUAUACAAAUAUUUAUUUUCCAAGGUGAAUGUUUCUUCUUUUUUUUUUUCUUAGAAAAAAAACCAUCAAUCCAAAGCCUUACUCCAGCCGUCAGCCUCCAUCUGACGGACUCUUAGUUUGGACCUUUAAAACGCAGUAUCGAAGAUUUUACAGACUGAAUGUUCAUCACAGCAGACUGAGAGAUUAUGUUACCUUAGAUCCCACAAAUAUGACAAGGCUAUGUAUUUAAAGACCAGAGUAAUAUAUUUAUUGAUACACACUAAAAUAGUACUAACAGAAUCUCAGAUGUUGCAUUGCACCAAAAAGUAAUAAUAAAAGCUGUCACAAUUCAAACAUGGCAGCAGCGCCAUCUGUGGCCUGUAAGUCUCUCCCUCUGUUCAACCUGACAGGAACAUGAAUGUUUUAAAACUAUUUUUUCAGAGUAACUGGACGUCCCAGUAUGCAUUUUUUCCCCCUGCCUCUUACCUGACACUGCGGACUAUUCGACUCACGGCCUCUUCUGCAUGAUCUCGCAUUUACAAACUUUCCAGAUUGUAACACAAGACGCGUUGAAUGUAGUACACGCUGUGGAUCACGUGAUCUUAGACACACAAAGACUGUAUAAUGGAACAUCCGUAGGUACUGAACGAGAACUACAACACCGUUACAAGCCGAACAAACAAACGAGGGGAUGAAUUUCCUUAUUGAUCUGAACUUACAGGUACUUCGACAUUGCCUAUAUACUGUAAAUAAAGCGGUGUUACAGAAAAAAGCUUCUGAACACAAAGUUUUGAGAGGUGGUAAGUUAAAUAACUUAUGUUUGUAUUGUACAUACGUGUUUGAGUGACAUUUCUGAUACAACAAAAGCACUAAUUAAGUUAUAUGCUAACCAGAAAGGUUUGGCUUUUUCUUUUCUUUUUUAACCGUCAUGGGAUGGUUUAGCAAACUGAAUGCCACUAUGAGGACAUUUUUUAAUGCUGUAAUUCUAAAAAAAAUAAACAAAAAAAACAUUAGAAAAAAAAGCAUUAUACUUGAUACGAUGAUUUCUUGAUAUUAAGGUACAAACACAAGGCAUAUAUGCAAUAUUUACACCUCUAAAAAUUAGUUUACAAAGAUGUACCAAAUGUAGAAAAACUGUUGAUAAUGUUUGUUAAACCUGAAAUCCAAUUUUUCCUUUUUGUACAUUUAUUUCUCCAAUUUUGAGACCUUUUUCUGCUUGUUUUUUGCUAACGGAGCCUCUCUGUGUUUUGAGCAGUGUUUUUUGCAUUUGGAUAAAGUUUUUAUUUGGAUUCUAAAGGUUAUCUGCUAUGGCUUAUCUUGCUGUGUCUUUUUUCUUUCUCAUUGUAAAUAUUUCAUAUGCACAUUGUGACGCUAACUGAGAAAUGAUAAUUUAAAAUUAGCUCAUUGCUUUAGACUGUGUUGAUUCUUUAUAGACACAUGCAAUAAAUGAUAUUUAAGGAA